ACUGCAGGGAUCUCAGAUUAUUGUAGCUUUAUACAGUCAGCCUAGACCUGUUGGUGCCUACCAGGACCAGGCUGGAAUUGGGGCUGAGAAGGAGUGAAGCCAUGUUUGAGAUGAGGCAACCUGUGCUGUGGACACUCUGUGCAGUCUGGGUGACUGUCUAUGCCAUCACUGUGGAAACUCCACAGGGCGCUCUUCGGGCUGCCCAGGGAAAGAGUGUCACCCUUCCAUGCACCUACAGCACAUCUGUGCUCAACCGGGAGGGACUUAUCCAAUGGGAUAAACUUCUAAGGAGUCAUUCGGAAAGAGUGGUCAUCUGGAAGUUUUCUACCAAAUCCUACGUCUACGGGAGUCGUUAUGAGAACCGUGUCAAUAUAUCUGCCAACGCAGAGCAGUCGGACGCAUCUAUCACCAUUGCCCAGCUGACCAUGGAUGACAAUGGCACUUAUGAGUGCUCUGUCUCGCUGAUGUCAGACCUGGAUGGCAUCUCCAGGGCACGAGUCUCCCUGCUGGUCCUUGUGCCACCCUCCACGCCAGACUGCAACAUCAAGGGAGAAACUGUGAUUGGGAACAAUAUCGAGCUGACUUGUCAGUCAGCAGAAGGCUCCCCAGCCCCUCAGUACAGCUGGAAGAGCUAUGACACCCAGAACCAGGAGCGACCAUUGGUCCCACCAGUCUCAGGCCAGACUCUCCUUCUGAAGAACCUUACCACAGCCAUGUCGGGCUACUACACCUGCACCUCCAGCAAUGAGGUGGGGAUGGAAUCCUGUGAGAUCCCUGUGGCCGUCAGACCGCCCUCCAUGAAUGUGGCCCUGUAUGCGGGCAUUGCAGGAGGGGUGGUUGCAGCCCUCAUCAUCAUUGGCAUCAUCAUUUACUGCUGCUGCUUCCGGGAGAAGGAUGGGAAGACCGAGGCGAAGGAUGCAAAGAGGAAUCAGAUCGCUUACCAGCAGCCAUCAGAGCAACUGAGAGAGAUUUCCAGAAAAAGAGAAGAGGAAGACGACUACAGACACGAAGAGCAGAGGAACUCUGGGCACGAAUCCCCUGACCCGAGCAUGACAGAAGCUUGCUGAAGGGCUGGGGGCAGGCAGGGAACUAUUUCUUGUUUCCCCAUCCUUCCUCCCUCCCUAACCCCCA